AUGAAGUCUUCUAUCAGUGAAGGUGGCCAUGUUGAUACCUCACAAAUAGUAGAGAUUAAAGAUUUUUCGGAAGAUACCGUUUCUAAAACUGAUUUCAUAACUCACAGAGUUGCCCCUGAAGGGCCUGGAAAUGAUCAAAGCCACACUGUUAAAACAGAAAUGACCAAGAUAUUGCCUGUUGGAAUAAUACCUAUUGUAGGAAGACAAAUCCUAUGGAAACAUAUUGAAUUGGGUUAUACGCGACAAGCAAAGUUUAUAGAAAUAUGUACAAAUUUGAAACCAUUCCAUGGACCAAGUGUAAGGAAUCUUAUUUGUUCAUAUUGUGAUAGUUUGUCAGAUAAUAAAAUCAAUGGAAUUAUUCAAUCAUGUCCAAAUAUAGUGUAUCUAAAUUUCAAUGCUAUAGGUAGGCUAGCUAUCAGUGAUACUGCAAUUAUUAACAUUGCUCAUGCAUAUCUGAAUCUAUUAAGACUAGACUUUUUUGAAUGUGGAUAUAUUAGCGACACUGCUAUCAGAGCAAUUGCACGUUCAUGUCAUAAUUUACAACAUCUUAACCUUGGCUUGUUCCGCUUUAUUAGUGAAUCUACAGUACAUAUUUUUGCACGUUUAUGUAAAAACCUUAGAUAUUUAUGUCUAUUUGAAUGCCAUAGUAUUACUGAUUACACUAUCAAAGAAAUAGUGAACUCAUGCCAUAAACUAGAACAUCUUGAUAUCUAUGAUUGUGGAUAUGUUACUGAUUUAGGAAUUCAUGCUAUUGUGCGUUCAUGCCUGAAACUUAAACACCUUGAACUUGGUCAAUGUAUAAUUGGUAAUAGAGCUAUUAAGGAAAUUGCCUGCAAAUGUAUCAAUUUAAAAUAUCUUGGUUUGGAGGGAU